AUGGUGUGGCACGCCAGACUUGGAAGAAGAAGAACCCCCGGCUACGACGGACUCAGAGCAAGAUCUCUUAUGGCUUCAUGCAAUGGAAACCGGACGAGAAGAAGUCGGAUUGUGACAAGUCCAAAAAAAAUGACCGCACCCCCUACUCCGUAUCGACAGAAGCUUGUCCGAGAUGUCAUGGACUAUUUCGAAAAGCACGCGGCUGUUAAAUUCGAGAGGAUUCCCAACCACACAAAUUUCAUGACCAACGCCGACUUCUCGAAGGAGGAGAUCCGCCAACAGGUCGACCUUCGCAUUGCUUUCGGCGUUCCAACUGCUGCUGGCUGCUGGGGCUGGACGGGGAAACCUGGCCCAAUGAUUCGGACAGCAGUUUUCGAAAACCAAGACCCAACACUCCCGGGACCGCGCUAUACUACCGUUUACCUGGGAGGACUACCGUCUGACGCGGAAUGGGAGAAGAAAAUGCCUAAGAAAGAUCUCGAGACGGCGAUGCGGACGAUAUACCAUGAGCUGGGUCAUGUUUGUGGUCUCCAACACGAACACCAGUCUCCACAAUCUCCAACAGUCGAUGCCAAGGACAAGUCUUUUCCGCGAGUGGUUGCGACUUUGUUCGACGAAAAAAGCAUCAUGUUAUAUGCCGGCAGGCCGUACAAGGCGGACCCUAAACGACUGACAGAGAGAACCCUGUUUCCUUCGCUCACAGACGAGUGUUUACUCAGCAUUAUGUAUCCAUUCAACGCGGAUGAGAACAGGACAUUCUCCGUCGCCAUACAGCAUAUGAAUUUCAGUGACAAGGCGAGGAAACUCAUGUUGGAUGUUCUGGAGAAGGCUUUCGCACAGUUUCCCACCAUAGAUCAUCCCACCAUCCUGAAACUGCGUGCAGCAAUCGCGAAAGAAAUCAACCUGCGCCCUCGUUUGGCUCGUUUGGAGAAACCCGACCCUGACCCAAGACUCAACAUUAAUUUUGAAUCCUGA